CUAACAGGUAGUUUACUACGUGAAACAACAUAAAUAAAGGUCAGCAGCAGCAGUAAAUAGUGCGUUCACAUAUUCAAUGUGUUCGUUAAUUAUUUGACUAAGUGAAAAUAUCAAUAAAUAUUUUCAACUAUACGAUCAUAAAAAUAUGUUUGCUUGAACAUGAUGUAAUAUCAUACUAUUUUAUAAAUAUCUCAUAGUUUUUAUAAUGUCGUGUAAGCAGUUUUAACAAUUUUAUAUUUAAAAUACAAAUGUAAUGGGUCGAAGUCAUACCCCGUCGCCAGGAAGACGACGUGAUCGUUCCAGGGAACGUGAUCGCGACAGAGAUCGUCGAAGGCGACGAUCUCGCGAAAGACGUCGGAGAUCUGCGGAACGUGACAGAGUAAAGUCAAGAGAUAGAGAUAGAGAACGAGAUCGUGAUCGAGACAGACAUAAACGAUCAUACAGUAGAUCUAGAUCUAGAGAACGAGAUAGACCUAAACCAAGAGCCAAAUUAUCUACGGCAGAACGUCCUGUUAUCACAGAGGCCGAUCUUCAAGGAAAAACACCCGAAGAACAAGAGAUGAUGAGAAUGAUGGGUUUUUGUGGUUUUGAUACUACCAAAGGUAAGAAGGUAGAAGGAAAUGAUAUAGGCGCAGUACAUGUUAUUUUAAAAAGAAAGUAUAGACAGUAUAUGAAUAGAAAAGGAGGUUUCAAUAGACCACUUGAUUUCGUGGCAUAAAUAUUUUGACUUUUGAAUUCUCCAAUUGUUAGUAUUUGUUUAAUUCAAUUAUUUAUAAUUAGGAACGUAUAAUCCUCGUAUAUCCUUUUCUUUUAGUUUAAAGUGUUUCACAACAUGAAUAAUUUACUUCAUUGAGAACAUAUAAUACAUUAAUCAAUAAUGGGGCAAAAGAAACUCAUAAACUGUUUAAGCACAUUUUUGCUCUCAAUUAUAUUUAAUAGCAAUUAAAAAAGAAAUAAUAUACAUUUUCAUAUCAAUUAUAAAAAUAUGAAAUUAAAUUAUAUUAAAUCACAUAUACAAAAAUAAAAUUAAAAUAUCUUAUAUAAUUCUCUUAUAUUUGUUCAUUUAAUAAAACUUACCAAAUUAAAAAGUUACUAAAAACUAUUUACGACUCAGUCAUAGAAUGUUCUGUUAUGGAUGAUGAAGUAUUAUCUGAAUCAUGUGCAAGACUGUUAUUUAUAUUUGUGACAUUAGUACGUUGUGUGCUUAACUAUUAAAUAGAAAAGAAGAAAAAUAAUUAUUAAUUUUUAAUAAAUUAAUAGAUAAUACAUGAUAUAAUUAGUUUCUUACCAUACUGACAUCCAUUUGUUCAAGAGAUUCUGUUAAUUGUGAACCUAAUAUUCGGAAAUCACGUGUUACGCUAUGUUUGAUAUAAUUUUCUAAAGGUACCUAAUAAAAAAAAGCCAUUAUAAAUAUAUAAAAAAGCCAGUUUAUAAGUUUCUGUAAAAAUAAUUUUGCUUUUUACCCCAGUUUUUUUUGCAAGCAGCAAUACUUCUUUACUAAAUUGUUCAAUUUCAUAAACAACACGUGGUAUUAAUUUAGUUUCUCUUAAAAUAUGAUUUUUUUGUAUAUUUGUAUCUGUCUUUAAUCGUUUCUUGUCUUUACUUUGACUUUCCUAUAUCAAUAAAAGCAGUAAAAAAUAUGUAUAAAAAUAUGAAAUAUUAAAA